CUUCUCUUAUGCAAAGAACAAUCCCAGCUGUAUACACGAUCAACGGCCCCAGAUCAAUCUCUACUUUAUUCCUCAAUAUCAACGGCCCAUACUUUAUCAGUCCACUGCACGCGUUCUGAGAGUGCCGAUGUCAGUGUCCGGUCAGUCCCGCCUCGAAAUACAGCACCUUCUAUCGGAUGCUCCCAUCAUUCUCCCUAUCUAAAGGCUAAAGCCUCUGACCUCUCUGCAGCACACACUCUCUCUCUCGUACUGGAAGUCUAGGGUUUCUUUCAUGGUUUGCUUCUCUCUAAUCUCCUUUUUCUAUUGUUAGUAUAGCUGUUGAAAGGGCAUUUCUUCAGUUGAUCGGUGAGUCCGUUCGUUUAGAGAUUUUUUGUGGUUUUAAUGGAGGAAGUGUGUUUCUGAGAACCUAGACAGAUGGAGAACUCGUGGCAGAUCAAAUGUGGUUCGACAUUUCCGUCAUCAUCGACGCCGUCCAUGGCUCCGUCAUCGAUGGAUCAUCGGGAUCAGAUGAAUACAGGCUACUAUUCUUAUCCACAUGCUGAACCAGAUUUAAGAUCAAUGGUGCUUGGAAGGAUGGAAGAUUCUGUCUUUUCCAACAGUGUGAGUUUUAGUAUCCAUAAGACUGGUCGUGCAGACCUGGGAAAUUCGUUUCUGGCUCUCCUAUCUGGGCCACCAUCACUGUUGCAGUGUGAUUUUCAGGAAUUUUCACAUCCAAAAUCAUCUAGUUCCUCUGGUAAACUUCCUUCGAAUGUUAGUAGUUUCUCUGUGAAUGCUGUUGGAAGUGAUAUUCCCCUGAUAUCCAGUAGGUUGCUAUCAGAAAAUCUAAGCAACCAAAACCUGAGAAAUGGAGCAGAUUUUGGUCCUGUUUUUUCAUCUAGGGCAGUGGUGAAUUCCAAUAGUAGCAAUUCUGUUUUGCACGAUCUUCAGGGAUCGGAGUUGACCAAGGCCGUUGUCAGUCACAUAAUUCCUUGUAAUGAGAAAGUAAAAGAUCCUGCUUUGAAUGGGGAAUGUCAUGUCACAAACCCUGCGGAUACUAGGAAGCUCAGCAGUGGGAAUGUUCAGAGUUCACAAAAUGUGCCUUUAGAAGCCAACUCUUCUAGUUCUAAGCAGCCAUCUACUUUCAUGAGUGGAUGCCCUCGCGUAUUUUGCUUGGAUAAAAGUGGGCAUCUACUUCUCAGCAAUACAGGACUUCUUGGUAUUGUUUGCUCGUGCCACUAUUUUCACAUGUCAGUCUCCAAAUUUUGUGAGCAUUCAGGAUUAUGUGAUGUUAAUGCUGGGGAUGUUGUUCAUAUGGACAGUGGAGAAACCAUUGCUCAGUGGCGUAAGUUCUACUUUCAGAAAUCCAGGAUUAGGGUUCCGGAAGAUCAGAGUGAGUGGGACUGGCCUGAAGGAUUAUCAGUGACUGGAGGCUUUGUCAAAUCUAGUGUGACUCUGCCCAACUUGUGCAAGAGCUCUGAUUUGUCUCACUGGUUUGGUUCAUCUGGAGGUUUAGUAAGGUCUGGACAGCCUCUAGACCAUGUUCUCUUUCCAAUGAACCAUCCAGAGCAGAAUUUGCUUAUUGAUGCUCUGCAAAAUAAAAAACAGAGGAAUAUUCCAGAUGUUGACAACUUUCUUCUGAAGAGUUCUAUUGGGUCUUCAUGCAGCAAUUUAGAUUCUGUAGUGGACAACCAGAAAAUGGAGUGCCCUGUAUCUAGGUGUUCGACCGUCCAAAAGUUUGUCAGUAGUGGACUGGAUAAUGGUCGUCAGUCCAUCUCUGCUUGCAUUGAUUCUGUCGUGAAGAAUGGAAAUUCAUCCAUCUCUUCUACUUUGCAGAAUGUAAGAGAACUCAAUAAAGAUUCUGAUAUUAGCAGAAAUAAAAAUGCGAAAGAUAAUGUGAUUGUGGGCAGGGAUGCUGCUUCUUCAAGCAUCGAGUUGAGGCUUGGGCAGCCAUACCAACCAAGUCGGACUUCAGGGAACUCAAUUCUACCAGUUAUAGGACCUCAGAAAUUUGACAAACUUCUUGAUCCGCCAAAUAUGUGCUUCCGUCGGCAGAUGAUUCAUAAUGCUGCCAACUACACGGAGGAGGAUUAUAGGCAAUAUCGUCUCUGUGCUGCUGACCCAUUUAGUUAUAGCACAGAAAAGGAACCAAGCCAGUUGAAUCUUGGUAACCAUGCAAUUGGAAGCAUCAGUGCUAUGAAUGUGAGACUAGAGAAGUCAAAAGUCAAUGCUGCCAAUAGUUCUGUGGUUUUGCCGUUUUCAGACUUUACUACUGCAACAGAGGGUGCACACUCUAAAGCUAAUGUUGAUAUGGUUAAUGGCGAUGGGCAUAUGAUGACCAGGGCACUGCAUCAUGAAUCUCAUGCUUCUGAGUGUGACCAAUUCACUUUCUGUUGGAAUGGUGGUAAUGGUUUAGAGAGACAAUUGAAUAUUUCUCAGUUAGACUCCCUGAGGCUUAUGGACAAGGGUAAGGGGGUGGGAUGUGUUUCUGAUGUCCCUUGCAUUUCAAAAGAUACAUUAUUUAAUCUGAAACCGGUGGAAAAUUCAGUUUUAGGUGGAAGCAGUGAGCCUUGUUUCCCAGCUGUGAAUAAUAGAAGCUGUUAUUCACGUCUGCCAUUUAGCGUAGUGCCGGAUGCAUCUGAUUCCAGGAACUUAUCUGGCUAUGUUGAGAAGGUUCCUUGUCUUGGAAGUAGUGGACAAGGUGAUCAUGCUGUUCUUAGAUCAAAUUUUCCAUUGCAAGGAAUCUCAAUGGGCUUUCCUUUGGUAAGUUCAACAUCUACUUUGGAUAAGAAUCCUGCUUUCAUGAGACAAGAGGGCUUUGGUGCAAGCCCUUAUUUACUUGAUGACAAUUUGAGAUUGCUUGCAUUGAGGCAAAUAAUGGAGUUAUCCAAGCAACAGCAUGCAUUGACUUCCGUGAUUAAUGAAGAGCAAGGUAAAUACGGGAGCUCUUCUCAUAUACAUCAUUUGCUCAUCGAUGCUUCAACUUCUCCAGAGCAAAGGCAUGGACCUAAUCUUACCAGUAAACGGGAUGUUUCUGAAGCCUCCAUGAAUUUUCUCCAAUCUGCUGCUGCUCUGAGGAUGGGUGAUGAUAAGAAAAAAGUGGCUUCUGUCACAGGAAAUUUGUUACAUCCAGACGGAACAGAUUUGCCAUAUCAACUUUCUGAUGAUCCUAUUCAAAAUGAGAGGCCCUCACUAAGAUUUGGCAGAGGUGAUAAAAACAUGAGCAGAUCAAGUGAGCAUGAAAGUUUCUGUCAGAGAGUUCCAUACACGUGCUAUCAGGGCAAGUGCAACUGUGAGGCCCUGAAAAAUUAUUCAAGAAAUUUCGAUUCAAAAGUUGGAAGUUCUCCCAGUGCUUUCAAGGAGCAGAUGGGAACUGUUAGUAGUGAGGCCUCGAUGAUCUUCAAUUCCAAAUAUGGAAAUAAUCAGGUUUUGCUAAAGGAUUUGAUCACAUCAUCAGAUCAAAAUGACAAGCUAAGUAGGCAACUUCAUAAGAACAUAGUCUGUCAUGCUUUUCAGUGGAGAGAUGUACCAAGCAAGGUGAAAGGGGUUUGUGAUGCAACAGUUGUAGACCAGUCAGCUGAUGUGUUGGAUCAAAUAGAACAUGAUGGAAGUCAACUUGGUGAUACUUCUGCUAAAUGCUUUAAUAAAGUGAUGCAAAUAGUUGACUACUUGAAAGAUCAAGAAAAGUCAAAUGUUUCUUCAGGAGAUUCUGCUCCUGCUGUUACUCACACAUCAAUUGAGGUUAAUAAUAUAGACUUGUCUACUGUUGAUGCUUGGGAUACUGGAUAUGGAAGCAAUCAUAUAGUUGAUGAAGGAUCAGGCAUCGAUAGAUGCUGGUCAUCAGAUGAUGCGCUUGGAAGUGAAAGAAGUGCUGAGUUCCUUGGCUCUACUUUUAAGGCUAACUCAAGAAAAGAAGGAUCUUCCCACAUUAUAAAUAAUCAACCACCUCGUAGUCUUCUUGAUGAGCUUAAGAUCAUAGAUUCCUUGACAUGGAAGAAAGGCCAAAAUCAAAUCCAUAGUGGGCUUGCUAUUCAUGGAAAAAGCUCUCCACAAAAAUCCAAGACUGGUUUGCAAAUGGGGAAGAGAAAGAGAGCAAUAAAAUUGAAGAUGCUGAGCGAAACAUGUUCCCCUGCAGGACCUUCUCUACUACCUGAUGAUAAUCCCAAACAUAAUAUCACUGAGCUGCCCACCUGUUUGUCCAAAAAUAUGCAAAUGCUUAUCCCUUCUGGCCAGGGGACUUCUCAUUCUUCUGAGGCUUGUUUGAUUCGACCUAGCUCCAAACAUAGGCUCUCUUGUAAAAGAGGAGCAUGGGAGGAUGAUUAUCAGACAGAAUUAUUUGGUGAUACCGACUUUUGUAAGAAACCUGAAGUUUCGGGAAGAAAGAAGUUGAGAACGGAUUUAACUUCUGAUGUUUUCAGACAAUUUUGGAUGCAAGAACCGAUUCAUGAAGUGGCUGAAAAAACUGAGAAGCACAAGUCAGUAGGUUGUACUGGGACUUCUUCUAGUCGACAAGUAAAUGUGAGUUACAGGAAUGCAAGACCAGUAGUAAUUGGAAAAUAUGGUGAAAUAUCUGGUAGGAAAGAUGUGUCAAAGCCAGCAAAACUUGUUUCUCUCAGCAGGAUUCUCAAAACUGCAAGAAGAUGUGCACUCCCUAAAAAUUGCAAGCCUCGACUGACCUCCAUGAGGGAGUUGAAAAAGACUGCCUCUACUCAAAUUGAUUUAUGCUAUACAAAAUUCAUUGAUUUGAAGGAUGAGGGAUGCAAUGGUAGCCAUAACGUUACCGUAUGUGAUAAAUUUAAUUGGGACACUUCUAUUGAAGAAACAGACAAGGCAUGGUUUAGUGGAGAUGAGAAAUCUGCUAACAAGUCGCCAAACUUGGAGAAAGUGAGAGAUGAUGUUGGGCAGAAGGAUCUUAGCAUUCUAGGCUGUAAUGUUCCUGCUCAUUUGAAUCUGAAGUGCAAGGAAAUUCGCAAGCGCAGCAUUUAUGAGUUGACGGUUGAAGGACAGAAAUCUACUACCAAAACUUUUCCACUUAAGAAGGUUCGAAAAUGCACACCAGAAAUGAAGGUGCAAAAGAUUUCAAAAAACACUGAAGAAAGCAGUCGUGCAUUACAGAGAAUUUAUGCUAGCAAAUCUAUGCAAGAGCACAGGUGCCUGCCCAUUUCAUAUUCAGAUGCAUUCUGCUGUGUUUGUGGAAGCUCAAACCAAGAUGAUAUUAAUUGCUUAUUAGAGUGUAGUCGGUGUUUAAUCAGAGUGCAUCAGGCUUGCUAUGGUAUUUCCAAAGUACCUAAAGGCUGUUGGUAUUGCAGGCCAUGCAGGACAAGUUCAAAAGAUAUUGUUUGUGUGCUCUGUGGUUAUGGAGGUGGGGCCAUGACUCAAGCACUGCGAAGUCGCACGAUUGUGAAAGGCAUUUUGAAAGCUUGGAACGUCGGAACAGUUUGCAGACAUGGGAGAAUUUAUUCUGCUGAAUCUUUACAAAAUGAAUCUAAUGCAUUACAUUCCUCUGGUUCUGAGCUUGAAAGGAAUUUCUAUCCCGUUUUACAGCCUGUAAAUAUCAAGUCAUCAGCUAUAGAUGUGAGGAAAAUGGAAAUAAAAAAACAGUUGGAUGUUCGACAGGACUCCCUUUGUUGUGUUAGUAAUUUAAAGGUACAUAACAGCAUUACAGCAGGAGUACUUGAUUCGACCGUUAAGCAAUGGGUUCAUAUGGUUUGUGGGCUUUGGACUCCUGGAACACGGUGCCCAAAUGUUGACACCAUGACUGCUUUUGAUGUAUCUGGUGCUUCACGUCCUAAAGCUAAUGUGGUUUGCUCAAUGUGCAAUCGACCAGGCGGCUCAUGUAUACAAUGCAGGGUUGUGAAUUGCUGCAUUCAAUUUCAUCCGUGGUGUGCUCAUCAAAAGGGUCUUUUGCAGAGUGAGGUUGAAGGAGCUGAUAAUGAAAAUGUUGGUUUUUAUGGAAGAUGUGUGCUUCAUGCUGCGUGUCCCAUAACUGAGUCCAGCUGUGAUGUUAUUAAUUGGGAAAUUGGUGGUCAUGGAGAAAAUGAGUUAACCUCUGCUAGGACAGAGGGCUACAAGGGCCGAAAACAUGAUGACCCCCUGUGUGAUCUCUAUGGUAAAUCAAAAGGCAAGGGUGGAUGCCUUGUUCCUCAGGAGCAGUUAAAUGCUUGGAUUCACAUUAACACGCAGAAGUCCACACAUGGCCUUCCAAAGCUGCCAAAUUCAGAUAUUGAGUACGACUGCCGGAAGGAAUAUGCGCGAUACAAACUGGCAAAAGGUUGGAAACGCUUGGUUGUGUACAAGUCUGGCAUACAUGCCCUUGGUCUUUACACAUCGCGAUUCAUUUCCCGCAGUGAAAUGGUUGUUGAGUAUGUUGGUGAGAUCGUGGGUCUGCGUGUGGCUGAUAAAAGAGAAAAUGAAUAUCAGUUUGGGAGAAAACUUCAGUACAAGAGCGCUUGCUACUUCUUUCGGAUAGAUAAAGAGCACAUCAUUGAUGCUACCCGCAAAGGGGGAAUUGCCCGUUUCGUAAAUCACUCGUGCUUGCCAAAUUGCGUCGCCAAAGUGAUUUCAGUUAGGAAUGAAAAGAAGGUUGUCUUUUUUGCAGAAAGGGACAUAUUUCCUGGAGAAGAGAUAACAUAUGACUACCAUUUUAACCAUGAGGAUGAAGGUAAGAAAAUUCCUUGCUUUUGUAGUUCAAAAAACUGCAGGCGCUACUUGAACUGAGAUGAUAUUAUCCCAAUCCCUUGUAUAUAAAAAAAUGUCCAUUCUUUCAAAAACCAAUUUUGUUGGUGGUCAUAAUAUUGGCCCCUACUGGCAAGUUAAAGGAUUCGGGCAUAGCCCCGAGAUUUUUUACUGUGGCCAGUAAGCAUGCACCUGUACGAGCAGAGGUACCCAAUCUUGAAGGACUAGAUGACCCAGUAAGUUUCUUUCU